UUAUCGAGGGUCCACAAUAUAAACGCACGCCUUCCCGUAAACAAUUUCCUGUCCAGUCUCGGAAUUAGGAACCCUAAUCAAUUCGAUACAAGAUCUUAUGUCCAAAUUGAGAAUCUCAGGAAUGAGACGCGCUCUGGUAUUUCUUCCGUUAUUGGCGGGGAUAUAUUUAUCUUCAAUUGGCGUUCUCUGCAGCUCGGUCAUCACCAGCCCAUCUCUCAAGGGUUUCAACGUCCUCAAACCUCUUUUGCCACCCUUGCCCAAACUCGAGGUAGCAAUAGUGGCGGAUUUGGAUGGAACCAUAUAUUGUUUGGACCCUGAUUCAAGGAAAAUUCUGUGGUCGUUUGCGUCGGGCCGGCCGACUUACUCUUCAUAUCAGGCAUUUCUCGAGGAUGAAGAUGGUAAAAGUAAUGUUUCUGACCCAAACAAUGACUUCUACAUUGACUGCGACGAUGAUUGGGCACUCUAUCUGCAUAGCAAGAGCUUUGGGAAAGUGAAGCUUGCAUUCAGUGCUGAAGAAUACGUUAGAAAUGCUCCAUAUGUAUCAGAGGAUGGAGGAGUCACAUUAGGAACAAAGAAAACCACUGUGUUCCUUGUUGAUUUCAAGUCCGGAAAAGUAGUUUAUACAUAUAAGUUGAAUGAGUCUCCUUCCACAUCAGGGGUUCGAGGUGCGGAAGAAAACCCUGUUUUAUCGGAAGAAGAUGCUGAGGAAUUGGUUGAGUCUGGUGCUUUGAACUUGGAAACUGUUGAGCAGCCGCUUUAUAUUAAGAGGAUAGAUUAUGUAUUGCAGCAUUAUUCUCCACACAAUGGCAAAGUUUUGUGGAAUUUGGCAUUUGCUGAAUUUGAUGCUGCUUUUCGGUAUCCAAAAAUUGAGAGUUCUUAUGGUGGGAUUUCUCCUAAAACAGGGAAAGAGCUUAGUGAAGAGUAUGGGGGUGAUGUCGAUUCGCAAAUGCUUUAUCAGUUAGCACCAGUUGUCUUUCGAAUUCGCGAUCAUAGAUUGACAGAAUCUCUUUCUGUAUUUGAUAGAUUAAAUGACAAUUCUGGAGGUAGACCACUCCCUCUGCCUGCUCCCGGUCACAAUUCUCUCUCAAGGGUAAUUGACCGAUUACAGCUGCCUCCUCACGAAAAUGAAGGCACACAAAUGCUCACUUUGCCCACUCCUGAAAAUAAGAACUCUGUGAUCAUGGUUGUGCAAGAUGGAGAUGCCAAUGAAUCUACUAUCUCGAGAAAACCUGCUGAAAUUAUGUCUAGUUCUCAUACGAGUUAUAUUAUUUCCUUUCUUCUGGCUCUUAUAUCCAUUAUGGGCUUUGUGUUUUAUCAAUAUGUAGCCUUUGGAGAGCAGCUUAACUCAAAUAAGCAUGGGGAGGAACUCAAAGUACAAGCAGGGGCUCCCAGAAAAAAGAGAAGUCGGAGAUUGGGGAGCAAUAAAAAACUUGCCAUGAAUCAGAAAAUGCCAAAAGACAUCUCAUACAUGAAUAAGGUUGGAGAGACUAAAGGAGUUGUGCUAACGAUUAAUGAUAUUGUAGAUGGUCAUGUAGAGGGACGUAGGAUCGGUAAGUUAGUAGUUUCUAACAAAGAAAUUGCUAAGGGAAGCAAUGGUACUGUUGUACUUGAGGGAAUUUAUGAUCGUCGUCCAGUAGCUGUUAAACGCCUUGUGCAGACCCAUCAUGAUGUGGCUUCAAAAGAGAUUCAGAAUCUUAUUGCUUCCGACCAUCAUCCAAAUAUUGUCCGUUGGUAUGGGGUGGAGUAUGACCAAGAUUUCGUCUACCUCUCUCUGGAGCGUUGUACUUGUAGCUUAAAUGAUUUGAUUUUCUCAUGCUCUGAAUCUUUUCAAAGUCAAGUAAUUAUGAAGGAUCAGGAUUCCAACUUGAAUGAGUUUGAUGUCCAAUUACAGUCGCUGAAGGAUAUUGAAUUGUGGAAGAAGAACGGAAACCCUACACCCCAGUUGCUGAAAUUAAUGAGAGAUGUGGUUUCUGGGCUUGCCCAUUUGCAUGAGCUUGGAAUUAUACAUCGAGACCUAAAACCUCAAAAUGUUCUUAUAAUAAAGGAGAGGUCCUUCUGUGCAAAGCUUUCAGAUAUGGGUAUUAGCAAACGCCUUAGUGGGGGCAUGUCUUCCUUAACCCAGCAUGCUACUGGUUGUGGGAGUUCGGGUUGGCAAGCACCUGAAAUACUUCUCCAUGGGCGCCAAACACGUGCUGUGGAUUUGUUCAGCUUAGGCUGUGUUCUCUUUUUUUGCGUCACAGGGGGUAAACACCCCUAUGGUGACAGUAUUGAACGUGAUGUCAAUAUUGUGAACAAGCGCAAAGACUUAUUCUUGGUGGAGAAUAUACCAGAAGCUGUCGAUCUUUUCUCUCAUCUCUUGCAUCCCAUCCCAGAUAUGAGGCCAAGGGCUAUGGACGUAUUGCAUCAUCCUUUCUUUUGGGAUUCUGAGAUGCGACUCUCUUUUCUUCGAGAUGUUAGUGAUCGUGUUGAAUUGGAAGACAGGGAGAAUGAAUCGGAGCUUUUAAAUGCAUUAGAAAGCACUGCAGCAGCGGCAUUGAAAGGGAAAUGGGAUGAAAAGAUGGAAACUGCAUUUGUCAAUAACAUUGGCCGCUACAGGCGAUACAAGUAUGAUAGUGUUCGAGACUUGUUGCGCGUCAUAAGGAACAAAUUAAAUCAUUACAGGGAGCUUCCUCAAGAAAUUCAGGAAAUUUUGGGGCCAGUACCUGAAGGGUUCGACAGUUAUUUUUCAAGCCGAUUCCCAAGGCUCUUAAUUGAGGUUUAUAAUGUGAUGUACAUGUACUGUAAAGAGGAGGAAUUCUUUCGAAAAUAUAUAAACGAAAAUCUAAUUUAAUUAAGAAAUAUAUAUAAUGUGUAUAUAAUGACUAUUUAAUUUAAUUGCUACUGCUUCACUGUCAGUUUUUCCUUCUUCAUCUGUUGUAUUUUUUAGAUUUCAACUUUCCACAGUUGUGAAUAUAAAAAUACGAUCAUAUCUCAUACA